AUGGUACCAAGACUCGGCUGGUUUGCCAUGGCAUCCUGCCUCAUGGCAGGCACUCUUGGACAGACAUUUGACUCAAAUGUCCCUCCUGAAGAAGAAGCUGCUAUUGCUGCGGUUGUUCAGGAUGAUCCCGGCGAUAUCGUCAGCAUCAUGAAGAGCGACGAGAGCCCAGAAUACCCUCUGAUUUAUAAAGUGGCUCUCCCAAUUCCACCGGUGAAACAGCCGAAGAAGGUCAUCACGAAUCCUGUCACGGGCAAACCCAUCUGGUAUUACGAAAUAGAGAUCCGGCCCUUCGAACAACAGGUUUACCCUAAUUUGGGGCCCGCCCGUUUGAUCGGGUACGAUGGCAUGUCUCCAGGGCCUAGUAUUGUUGUCCCCAAGGGAACAGAGGCAGUCGUCCGCUUCAUGAACCAAGCAGACCGAGAGAACUCGGUCCACCUUCACGGAUCACCCUCCCGAGCACCUUUUGAUGGUUGGGCUGAGGAUGUGACCUUCCCUGGCGAAUUCAAGGACUACUAUUUCCCCAACGAGCAGAGCGCCCGUUUACUCUGGUAUCAUGAUCAUGCUAUAGGCAUCACAGCCGAGAACGCCUACUUCGGACAGGCUGGCGCAUACAUCAUCACUGACCCAGCUGAAGAUGCCCUAGGCCUGCCCUCUGGUUACGGUGAAUUCGAUAUUCCCCUUAUUCUGACGAGUAAAUAUUAUAACCAGGAUGGGAGUCUUCAGUCCACCAUUGGCGAAAAGGACAGCACUUGGGGCGAUGUUAUCCACGUUAACGGCCAGCCUUGGCCGUUCAUGAAUGUUGAGCCCAGAAAGUACCGUUUCCGCUUCUUGGAUGCCUCCGUCUCACGCAGUUUUGCUCUGUACUUUGCUACUUCGGCCAACUUGAACGGAAAGUUACCUUUCCAGGUCAUUGCCUCUGAUGCCGGAUUGCUUGAGGCACCAGCCACGGUCAACCAGCUGCUCAUCUCGAUGGCAGAGCGGUACGAGAUCGUCUUCGACUUCAGCAAAUUCGCGGGACAAGCUAUUGAGCUUCGCAAUCUGCCGAAGGCCGGUGGAAUCGGUGUUGAUGAUGACUACGAGAACACUGACAAGGUCAUGCGCUUCAUGGUUAGCUCUGGUUCCGUCAGUGACCUUUCUACGGUACCCGCGAAGCUUCGUGACGUGCCUUUCCCACCUUCGACUACCGGAAUUGACCACCACUUCUUGUUCCACCGAAGCAACGGCCAAUGGCUUAUUAAUGGUGUCGGAUUUGAGGACGUCGAGAACCGUGUGCUUGCCAAGGUUCCUCGUGGCACUGUUGAGAUUUGGGAGCUCGAAAAUAGCUCGGGUGGCUGGAGUCAUCCCAUCCAUGUCCACUUGGUCGAUUUCAGAGUGUUGCAACGUACUGGCAAGGAUCGCGGCGUGGAGCCAUACGAGAAAGCUGGUCUGAAGGAUGUGGUCUGGCUAGGCCGUGGCGAGACUGUCCUUGUUGAAGCACACUACUACCCCUGGGAUGGUCUCUACAUGUUCCACUGCCACAAUCUGAUCCACGAAGAUGGAGACAUGAUGGCUGCAUUCAACGUAACCAACCUCCAGAACUUCGGAUAUAAUGAGACCACCGAUUUCUCGGACCCCAUGGACGCUCGCUGGAGAGCCAAGCCGUACAGCAAGGCAGACUUCGAAUCUCGCAGCGGUAUAUUUACCGAUGAGGCCAUCAUACAGAAGGUUGAAACAUUGGCUCGCGAGCAACCAUACAGCGAGCUCUCCCAGGUCGAGGAGGCCUUGACUGAUUACUGGACUGUCAACGGAAAGGGUAACCCCAACAGCCCCGUGAAGCGAGAAACAGAGUCUACAACUCCUCGCUUCCGCCGCUUCCAGGUUUAG